AUGAUUGUUUUAGCGAGAAGUGAACACCUCUCUUUCACUCUCCCUCUUCCUCUCACUCUCUCACUCUCUCUCACUCUCUCACUCACUCACUCUCUCUCUCAUUCUCUCUCUCUUUCACUCACUCUCCCUCACUAUCUCUCUCUCUCACUCUCACUCUCUCACUCUCACUCGCCCUCACUCACUCACUCUCUCAUUCUCUCUCACUCUCUCUCUCACUAUCUCUCUCACUCUCUCACUGUCUCUAUCACUCUCUCACUCUCUCUCUCUGAGGAUUUGACCUUGUAUAUUCUGAUCUAUUGUUUUCUGUUCAUUCAUGUUUUGUUUAUUUAUUUAAACUGUCUUUACAGUUGCCUGACUGAAUACAUACCUAUCUAUCUAUCUAUCUAUCUAUCUAUCUAUCUAUCUAUCUAUCUGUUCUGCUCUGUUCAUCUAUCUAUCUAUCUAUCUAUCUAUCUAUCUAUAUAUAUAUAUAUAUAUAUAUAUAUAUUCCGCUCUGUUCAUAUCUAUCUAUCUAUCUAUCUAUCUAUCUAUCUAUCUAUCUAUCUAUCUAUCUAUCUAUCUAUCACGUUUAUGAUUUAUUAG